GUUCUCCAAGUCUAUUCCCAAUCUCUCAUUCUCGGUUCUCUUCUUCUUCGAUCGAAGCAACCAGCGACGGCGGCGGCGGCAGCGGCAGCGAUUACUCCGACCUCCGAUGAACUCCUCGAUGAACUCCAACGCCAACGUUACCCCUCCUUCAUCACGGCUUUCUCCCUGGAUUUCGCUUCCAUCCCACGGAUGAGGAGCUCGUCGGCUAUUACCUCAAGCGCAAGGUCUUAGGGCGGAGAAUCGCCGUUGACGCCAUCUCCGAGAUCGAUCUCUACAAGCACGAGCCAUGGGACCUCCCUGCCAUGUCCCGCAUCCAGAGCCGGGACUUGGAAUGGUAUUUCUUCAGCUCUCUGGAUCGAAAGUACUCGAAUCGGUCCCGGACCAACCGGGCCACCGGCGGUGGCUACUGGAAGACCACGGGGAAGGAUCGGCCGGUGUUGCAUGGCUCUCGCACUGUUGGGAUGAAGAAGACGCUUGUCUACCACACCGGCCGUGCACCGCGCGGGCAGCGUACUCACUGGGUCAUGCACGAAUAUCGCCUGGUUGAUGAGGGUCUUAGGGAUUCUGGUGUUUCUCAGGAUGGGUAUGUUGUGUGCAGGAUAUUCCAGAAGAGCGGUAAUGGCCCGAUGAACGGAGCGCAGUAUGGGGCUCCCUUGAUUGAGGAGGAGUGGGAGGAGGAUGAUGACAUGGAGAUCAAGCCUCUUGAUGGGGAUGCUGGUGGACUGGUUGACGUUGGAAUCCAGAUGGAUGACAUUGUCAAGGACCCAGAAGUGAGCUUCCCACCUGAGAACAUGCAUCAUUUGCUUGUAGAACACCAUGAGGAACAAGUCAAUGGGAGUCAUCUUGAGAUAUCCACUUCGUUGCGAGAAAAUAUAGUUGGAGAUCAGUUUUAUAUGGGGGGUGUUGAUGGAUGUCCAAUUGCAGCUGUAGCAGAGGAUGAUCCAACUCUAACCGCUGGUGUUGAGGGUCACCAUUUGAUUCUAGACCAAUCAUGUAUUCUUCUACCGGAGAAUGAUGGUUAUGUGGAGCUGAAUGAUUUUAUGGAGAAUGAGGACCAGGACCAGCCUAAAAAUGACAGCUUAGCUGAUUAUGUCCUGGAGACAUGUGAUGAAGACUUUCUCAUUAACAUGAAUGGAUGUGGUGAUCUGCCAGAAAUUGAUGUGGAUGAGUUCUUUGAUAUGCUAAGUGAGACAAGUGACAUUCCAGAACCAUCCCAGAUGCCUCCACUGGAGAAUGAUGUAUCUCCACAGCCUAGCAACAUAAAUUCUUCUUUUAGCAAGCAGUCUGAUGCACAAUUCUCUGAGAGCAAUUUGGUCAGCAAUGAUGCACUGGAAGAUAUUCCAUUUGCUCAAGAUUCUUUUGUGCCGAAGUAUGACUCAGGCCCAUCCAUCACUGAUGUAUUCAAGUUUGACAAGGCAGAUGAAAUGGUAAAUUACUUUGAUGCUACUGACAACUACUUAGAUUUUGCUUCUUUGGGUCCUGUUGGAGAGUUUGAGCUUGAAGAUUUUUCAAAUUUUGAAAUUUCGGAUUUCUCUGAUGAGUUUGAUGGCACUAUAAUUCCAACUCAAAAUGCAGCUCAGAAGUCUUCUUAUACAGAUGCUGGGAUUGUUGCCUCUUCCUCAACUAUGCUGUCUGCUCCUAAUGACAUGGCAAAUGGUAAAAAGGAUGAUCUUACUGUCAAGAAAGAUGUUCAAAAGAAUGAUCAAUUGGAUAAGACCUUCACAGAGCGGCUUGCUAACAUGUUGAACUUCAUACCUUCUCCCCCGGCUCUUGCUGCUGAGCACCCAUAUGGUGCAAUCAAAUCAAUAGACCAGAACUCCACAGCCCUCGCAGCCAGCUCCAAUUUCACUGCUGGUAUGAUCCACAUCAGCAGUUUCACAGUGACAAGCACUGCAAAUCAAUGCUACUUGCAGAAGGGCAGAGCCAUUGGGUUCCUUUUCUCAUACAACACACUUGGAAAAUCAGCAAGCUUAGAACCAGCCAUGAUGAUGCAUGAUGGAUUCACAAGAAUGGUUCUUCGGGGUGGACUCUACCUUUUUCUCUUUUCUACUCUAAUCCUUGCAGGAAGCUUCAAAAUUGGAUUGCAUAUGUGCUCAAGGUAAGUUAAGGGGUAACAAUUCACCGCUUUUGAAGAUAAAACUAGAAGGCUUACAUCAAAGGAUCCUGAUGUUGGAUUAGCUAGGUAUCUAAGCAUUGAUGUGUAUAAACCUCUAUGACUGUUGUUGUCACCGCUGGUGAUUUGUUGUUUUUCUUUUUUCUUUUUUUCCCUUUUCCGACUGGAAUAUGAUCAUGUUGGUCCAGAAAUACUGAGUAUGAUGGUCUUGACCUUAUUUGAACUACAAUGUUCAAUGUUUAUUUGAUUGGAUCUAAUUGACGGGUAGAGCGUUCUUCCCAUUGGAUGGUA